AUGGCUGCACAAAUGACUCCUUCGAAGCAGGCUGCUUCCGGAAUCGAGAACUUGAACAUGGAAUCCCCUGUGAAGAAGCUUAACUUCGGUACCGAUACCACCGAGCUGAAGACCAAGAUCGUUGAGGAGUCCAAGAAGGAGGAGUCCAAGACAGUUGUCUCCAAGGCUGAGGAAGACGAGCCCAUCCUUCAAGAAAACCCCCAGCGAUUUGUUCUGUUCCCCAUCAAGUACCAUGAGAUCUGGCAAAUGUACAAGAAGGCAGAGGCCUCCUUCUGGACAGCUGAGGAGAUCGAUCUCUCCAAGGAUCUCCACGACUGGAACAACCGUUUGACUUCGGACGAGCAAUACUUCAUCUCCCACAUUCUUGCUUUCUUCGCUGCCUCCGACGGCAUCGUCAAUGAGAACCUUGUUGAGCGAUUCAGCGGCGAGGUCCAGAUCCCCGAGGCUCGAUGCUUCUAUGGUUUCCAGAUCAUGAUGGAGAACAUCCACUCCGAAACAUACUCCCUCCUCAUCGAUACCUACAUCAAGGACCCUGCCCAGCGUACAUACCUCUUCAACGCCGUUGACACUAUUCCUUGCAUCCGAAAGAAGGCGGAUUGGGCCAUCCGAUGGAUCCAGGACAAGAACUCUUCCUUUGCUCAGCGUCUUGUUGCUUUUGCUGCCGUUGAGGGUAUCUUCUUCAGCGGUGCCUUUGCUUCCAUCUUCUGGCUCAAGAAGCGUGGCCUCAUGCCUGGUCUGAGCUUUUCCAACGAGCUCAUUUCUCGUGAUGAGGGUCUUCACACUGACUUUGCCUGUCUCCUCCACUCUCACCUCAAGGGACGUGCCAGCAAACAGAUGAUCCAGGACAUUAUCACCGAUGCCGUUUCUAUUGAGCAGGAGUUCCUCACCGAGGCUCUCCCUUGUGCUCUGCUCGGCAUGAACUCCAACCUCAUGAAGCAGUACAUCGAAUUCGUCGCCGAUCGCCUCCUCGUGGCUCUCGGCAACGAGAAGGUGUACAAGUCCACCAACCCUUUCGACUUCAUGGAGAACAUCUCCCUUGGCGGCAAGACCAACUUCUUCGAGAAGCGCGUUGCUGACUACCAGAAGGCCGGUGUUCUUCACAGCGCCAACAAGAAGGAUGAAGAGGAAGCACCGAAGGGCGAGAACGGGGGCGACUUCACCUUUGACGAUGAUUUCUAA